ACAAGACGUAAUGAUGAGGACACUUGAACAGUAAUGACGAAACCAUGAAAGAAACAUCGAUCAAGUGCUCUGAAUACAAGAAGAGUGAUCAUGUAGUAUAUAAUCCAUAAGCUCUCAAUCGAACGAAAAUGAACACGAAGAUGGGGAGGCCUUCCCUCUGGUUGAGGUUGGCUCUGAUCUGCACCAUUCCGAUUCUAAUGGCGUCGUCUCAACCACUGUACACGACUUCGAGGUGGAUCGUGACGGAAGACGGCGAGCGCGUGAAGCUGGCGUGCGUGAAUUGGGUGUCGCAUCUGGAACCCUUACUUGCAGAAGGUCUGAGCAAGCAACCUGUGGAUGUGAUCUCCAAACGAAUCAAAUCGAUGGGAUUCAACUGCGUGAGAUUCACUUGGCCGAUCCUGCUCGUCACCAACGACUCUCUCGCCUCCCUCACUGUGAGACAGUCCUUCCUCAACCUCGGCCUCCUCGAAUCCAUCGCCGGCAUCCAAUCCAAUAAUCCAUCUAUCGUCGAUCUCCCCCUCAUCCAAGCUUACCAGUGGGUGGUGGAAAGGAUGGGGGAGGAGGAUGUGAUGGUGAUAUUGGACAACCACAUGACAAAGCCGGGGUGGUGCUGCAGCAACUCCGACGGGAAUGGGUUCUUCGGCGACCGGAAUUUCGACCCUGAGCUGUGGGUAGAGGGGCUCACCAAGAUGGCUUCGCUGUUCAAUGGAGUGACCAAUGUGGUGGGAAUGAGCCUGAGGAAUGAACUUCGAGGCCCCAGACAAAACGUGAACGAUUGGUAUAGGUACAUGACAAAAGGAGCAGAAGCAGUGCAUGCAGCAAACAAGGACGUUCUUGUGAUUCUGUCAGGCCUAAACUUCGACAAAGACUUAUCCUUCCUCAGGAACCGACCAGUAAAGCUAACGUUUCAGAGGAAACUAGUAUUCGAAGUCCACUGGUACGCCUUCACGGACGGUCAAGCAUGGAUCGAAGGCAACCCAAAUCAAGUGUGUGGACAAGUUUCAGGAAACGUGAUGAGACUAGCAGGUUAUUUGGUGGAACAAGGGUGGCCAUUGUUUGUGAGCGAGUUUGGUGUGGACUUAAGAGGCACCAACGAGAACGAUAACAGGUACUUGAGUUGUUUCUUGGGUUUGGCUGCUGAACAUGACUUGGAUUGGGCAUUGUGGACCCUUGUCGGAAGCUAUUACCUCAGGCAAGGGGUUGUUGGAAUGAAUGAGUACUAUGGACUUCUCAAUUGGGAUUGGCGUGAUGUCAGGAAUUCAACUUUCUUACAGAGGAUCUCUGCUCUCCAAUCUCCUUUCAGAGGGCCAGGAAUAUCAGAAGGCAGGCAACACAAAGUGAUAUUCCAUCCAUUGACGGGUCGCUGCAUUCAAAGAAAAUCACUGGUUGAUCCUUUGAAGUUAGGACCCUGCUCUGAAGCUGAAGGCUGGAAAUACACACCCCAGAAGAUCCUAACAUUAAAGGGCACAUAUUUCUGCUUACAACCAGACGAUAUAGGGAUGCCGGCUAAACUAAGCAUAAUUUGUUCGGGGCCUAAUUCAAAAUGGGACAUAGUCUCAGAAUCUAAGAUGCACAUCUCAUCAAAACUUUCAAACGGUUCAUCUGUUUGUCUAGAUGUGAAUUCCAACAACAUCCUCGUUACCAACACUUGCAAAUGCUUGAACCGAGAUCGUACCUGUGAUCCUGCGAGCCAAUGGUUCAAACUUGUCGACGCCACGAGAACUUCAAUCUCAACUCAAUCAUUAACGUUACCUGUAGACUCAGAUUUAACAGGAAUAAUCUCUCACUGGGAAUCAGUGAGCUCAAUUUAAGGUAAUGCCAACAAUAUCAUUGUACAUACAGCUCGGACCAAUAUGGUCUCAAGUUGCACAUAUUACCCAGCUGAAGGAUUAGCUUUGCAAAUUAUAGAAUAGGGAUGGUGUAUGUAACAUGGCACAAAUAAAAUUCAUAAGUAUUAUUUAAAUUUGAAUGAGUUUUUAUUGUUGUUUA